AUGACGUUCAAGGACGACCUCGAGGCGCGCGCCUCGCCACCAAGCUCGACGGCGACCCCGCCCAACGAGAAGUCGCAGUACUCUGCCGGCGUGUAUGAUACCGAGGUCGACGCGGUCUUCGGCGCCCAGGGCGAGGGGCACGUCAACUACACUUCUAUGGGAUGGAUCAAGACCGCGGUGAUCCUCACCAAGACGCAGAUCGCGCUCGGCAUCCUCGCCAUGCCGACUGCGCUGCAAGCGCUCGGCGGCGUCCCUGGCACGCUUCUGAUCGUCGGGCUCGGCCUGCUGACCACAUGGUCCGACUACGUCGUAGGCCUGUUCAAGCGCAACCACCCGGAAGUGUACAGCAUGUCCGACGUCGGCUUCAUCCUCUUCGGCAAGGCAGGCCGCGAGUUCUUCACGGCGGCGUACGCGCUCUUCAUGAUCGCCAUCACGGGCGCGGCGUUCGUGCCCAUCAGCAUCGCGUUCAACACGAUCACGACGCACGCGACGUGCACUGUCGUGUGGGCUGUGAUUGGCGCUGUAGGCUGUUUCGCGGGCGCGUCGAUCCAGACCCUGAACAAGGUCAGCAUCAUCGGCUGGAUCGGCGUCGGCGCCAUCCUGACCUCGGUGCUCAUCGUCACCAUCGGCGUCGGCGUGCAGGACCGCCCGGCAGCCGCGCCCCAGCCACCCCUGCCGUGGGAGAAGGACAUCCACGCCUUCAAGUCGGCCGGGUUCUGGGACGCGAUCAACUCCAUCUCGACCGUCAUCUUCGGCCUGUGCGGCACGCCGGCCUUUUUCUCCAUCAUGUCCGAGAUGAAGGACCAGAGGAUGUACAACCGCUCCCUUGCGCUGUGCCAGACGCUCGUCAUCUCAACGUACACCGUCAUCGGCGUGGUCGUGUACUACUACUGCGGGCAGUACCUCGCCGCGCCGGCGCUCGGGUCGGCGGGACCCUUGCUCAAGAAGGUGUGCUACGGUAUCGCGCUCCCCGGGCUGUUCGCGUCCGCGAUUCUCUACUGCCACUGCGGCGCCAAGCUCAUCUUUGUGCGCCUCAUGCGCGACAGCGUGCACUUGACAGCGCACAGCUUCACGCACUGGGCCGUGUGGCUGGGCAUUGUCGGCGUGUGCACGCUGUUGGCGUUUAUCCUCGCCAUGGCCAUCCCCUUCUUCGGCCCGCUCGUGUCCCUCAUUGGCGCGCUGUUCGGGACCAUCAUGUGCAUGCAGUCCACGGGCUGGAUGUGGCUCCACGACAACUGGGCCAAGCGCAAGGACAGCCCGACGCUCAGCUUCUGGCUGCUGGCCGCGCUCAACUGGUUCCUCAUCGUCUUCGGCUCGUUCAUCUGGGUCAGCGGCAUCGCAGCCGGCGCAAUCUCCAUCCGCGACGCGUACCGCUCCGGAACGGUCUCCAAGCCGUUCUCGUGCGCCGACAACUCGGGAUAG